AUGUUCACCGACGGAAGCAAAACUCCGAACGGAGUGGGUGCGGCCUGGGUGCACAUACGGGAUGGGGUAGAAGUGCAGGCAAAGAAAAUAAAACUAGCACCAUACUGCACGGUGUACCAGGCGGAACUGGCAGCCUUGCGAAGCGCCACAAAUCAUGCUGGUGCUCUAAAAAUAAAACAUAUUGAUAUAUACAGCGACUCCAAGGCUUCCCUAGAAGCUAUCACCCACGGCCGCUCUUGCAACCCCCAGGUCGUCAAGAUCCGCCGAGCCAUUGGAGAAGCGGAAAAAAGAGGGCAAAAAAUAAACCUUCAUUGGCUCAAGGCGCACAUUGGCACGCCAGGGAACGAAAGAGCAGAUGAGCUGGCUAAAGAAGCGGCUGAAAAACUCAAAACAAAACCUGAGUAUGACAAACGGCCGCUCUCUGAUGUGAAAAGACAAAUAAGGAGAAACACCUUGGAAGCCUGGCAGAAGAGAUACACAAAAACUCACACGGGAGCC